UUCUGUUCAUUAUCGAAUCUCCAUUACUAAGCACGUGUUACCAGACCAGUUAACAAUCUCUAAUUUGUGUAGAAACGCACUAAUACUUCGGUAAGCAAACUUCUGUUAGAUAGAUAGAAUCUUCCGUGGUUAAAUCAGUGAAGUGUUGAGUUGUGAAAGAUAAGUUUUCCUUAACAAAAAGUGAAAUCGGGGAAAAUGCUGGAACCUUUAUUGAGCCAACUGAACAGUAUGAGAAUUGUUUUGGCCAGCAGUUCCAAGCAACGAGCUAACUUACUAAGCAGCACGAAAUUAAAAUUUGAAAUCGUUUCUUCUGACUAUGAAGAAACAUUGAAUCCCAAAGAUCAUACGUUUUCGGACUUUGUUGAAAAAACGGCACUGGGAAAACUGCAAGAUGUUUAUAAUAAGAUUAAGAACGAUAUUCGAAAGCCGGAUCUUAUUAUUGGAUCGGACACCAUGGUCACUCACAAUGGGAAAAUGUAUGGCAAACCCAAAACCAAAGAAGAAGCUUUCCAAUUUAUAUCGGAUUUCUCUCAAAGUGGACUUCCAAACAGUGUCUACACUGGUGUUGUCGUUUGGUACAAAAACAAAAUCCACACAUUCACAGAGGUGACUACGGUUUAUUUGGCUCCACUUACCGAUGAUGAAAUAUUAUCGUAUGUUGAAACGGGAGAACCAAUGGGGAAAGCUGGAGGAUAUGGCAUCCAAGGAAUUGCCAGCACAUUUGUCACAAGAAUAGAAGGCGACUUUAAUAAUGUGAUUGGAUUGCCAUUAUGUAGGCUGGCCCUUGAACUAAAGAAAAUUCUUAAGGAGGAAUAAUGGAUAACAUUUAAUACAUUAAAUAUUGACUAUUUAAUUCACGAUAUAACAUUGCAAUUUGCAAGUGUUUAGACAACAUCAAUAUUUUGUAAGCAUGAAAUUUGUGUUACUUCAAAUAUAAUAUUUCCGUGCAA